AAUUUUGAGCACCAUGAGGUUCGGCGUUGCUCGCAGAGAGGAGGAGGACGCCGCGCCGCCAGCUCAUGUCGUGGAAGCCGAUGCGUAUUGGGAAGUAAAGAAGAUGCAUAUUUCUCGUGCAGAUGUUUCUCCGUGCCGCCGGCGGUUCCGGGCACCGAGUUCGGACAAUUCCACGACGUCCAGCGAUGAUGAAGCCCCCUCAGACUUGGACCCGAUGCUGACGGACAGCGACCGCGGCGUAAACAUGGCUACGUCGGUGUUGGGUACGCUGCAGCUAACAGCGAAGUCGCGCCAGGAGCUGCUGAAGCAAGUUGAACGCGCGUGCGAGCGCAAGGCAGUGCAGGCGGUGACGGGCAGUGGUGCGUACCUGGCUCUGUGCAAGACGCUACAGCGUGCACGGCAGGAUGCGGAGGCUCAGCUGCACCGUAUAGAUGCGGAUGCUGGUAGAUCUGAGGAGGAGAUGCUGAGGAAACAUCAGCAGCUGGAGAGGGAGGCAGCGGCCAAGCUGCAGCAGAUUCGAUCGAAGGAGAGAUUGGCCAUUGAGAGUGUGGAGAAGGAGCUGCGCGCCUUCCAACAGGCGCGAGAGGACGAGCGACGACGAGAAGAAGAGCAGAGGGAGCUCAAAGAAGCUGCAGUGCGUCGUGAAGAAGAAGCUCGCGAGAAGGCGUUGCAAGAGGCUAAAGAGAAAGAGGAGGCUGCAGAGGCCCAGCGCAAGGUCGAGCAUGAAGUGGAGCAAGCGCAAGCGAAGGCGAAGGCUCUGGCAGCUGAACGCGCUGCCGAGCACAAGAAGCAGCAGGAGGAGCGUGAAAAGGAACAAGCUGCGAAGAAAGCCGCCGAGAAAGAAGCCGCAGCUCAGGCGAAGAAAUACGUCAAGGAGGGACACGAGCGUAUUAAGCGCCUGGAAGAGCUACAUCACCAGUCGACAGAAAUUCUCGACAGUCCUGACCCGGAAGUGAAGAAGAUCCGAAUGCAGAUCAGGCGCGAGGCUGGCGCAUGUAACCAAAUUGCUGCGGCGCCGUCGGCUAUCAAGAACGUCGUGAGCAAAAUCCAGCAGCUCCUCCAGAUGGCCAAGUCCUCAGGUGACGCGUACUUCAAAUUCGCGCUCGACAUGGUGGCUUCAAACUUGUCCAAGCAGGUGGAGGGUCGUGCAGACUACAAAUCCUGCUACCCUAUCGCGCACGUGAUCAAGAUGAGUUGUGUGCACACCCCGGAGUUGACCGACGUUAUGUUGGGGUACUUCCACAAGACUUGCGUCUUCACAAUCCCGGACAACCCGGAGAAACACGCGUCGCAGACGAUCGCCGAGUACAAAUUAUCUGUGGGUUUCCACAAGGCCGUUGGCGAGAGCUCGGAUCCAGACGGUCUGGAGCACGUGACGGAAUACACCAGACGCAUGACGAUGAUCUCGGCUGUGCUGGCUGCUGUUCGGCAGACGACUCCAUGGGACGGCAGUCCGUCGCCGCCUGGACUGGAGCUUGGAGAUUGCUGGGCUUGGCUGGCUCGGCUGCUAACGCUGCUGGUCAACUCGAGAUGUUUGUGA